AUGCCUCCGUUGGAACAACACUUUGCCGAUUUGAACAUCGACAGCUCAACCACAAGUAACUUCCUCUCCCCAGAUCAUUGCACAUCCGCAAUAUCUCCAAAAAGGAAGCUACACAAUGAGACUCUUCGGUCCAAACAAGUCACAUUCCGCGACUCCGUGAAAUUUCGCUUGAUACCGUCUCAAAGUGAGAUCUCCAAGAAACAAAAACAACAGCUCUGGUAUUCUCCUUCAGAAUCAGCAAGUGUGAGAAGAGAAGCCAUCCGGACUGUUAGGAGGAUGUCCAAUAAGAUAUCAUUGGGCCCAAACGAGACGUCGAGGGGGUUGGAAACCAAGACACCCAAGGAACAUAGUGCCCACAUCGAGGAAAAAAGGCGCACUAUCCGCAUUGUCUUGAAAGAACAAUGGCGAAGCGCUCCAAACGAUAGGGAUGAUGAGUACAUUGCUGCUCUCUAUCGUCAUAACAGUCGGAAAGCCGUUCGUGAAGCCAUCCGACUUGCAGAGAUUGACGCGGCAGAAGUGUAUGGGGGGUCUAAUUCGGCUAUCAGGGGCAGUGGAACAAAGUUAAUGGUACAUCACAAUUCGUAUGAAUCACUCCGUCGCUCCGUCACCCGUGGAUCGGAUCUCAAUUUGGCAUCUUCGAAGAAUGCUACAUUCCAAUAA